AUGUCCCAUCCCUCCUCACCCUCACCUUCUUCCCCUCCCCGACUCGACAAUUCUACCUCAUCCUUGAUUUCCCCACCUUCCUUCCCACCUACACCAUCCCGUACCACCUCUCAACUUUCUCUCGCUUCCACAGCCAACGCACACCUCUCACCUCCGUCUACGACCGAGAUAAGCCCUCGUAGGAGAGCACAUUCAAACCCAAAUGUAUUGUCUCGUAGAGACAGAUCAGUCCCGUCUACACCGACUAAAUCGAAGAAUUCUAAUGGUCUGUUGAAUGCACCUUAUGGGAGUUUAGCGUUACGAUCUAGAACAUCCAGCUCAACCGCUACGCCUACAGUAGCUUCUUCUUCCAGAUCUUUGUUCGAGGGAUUACCUGGUUCUGCCCCCGGAUCAGGGGGAAAUAUAGACUCAAAGGAUUUCGAGGGAUUAUCGAUCAAUGCAAGUGCAAGUGGAAAUGAUACACCGGCAAGUUCGAGGAAAGGUAAGGAGAAGGAAAAGGAGAAGCAAGUAGAUGAAGGUGUAGAAGGUGAGAUGAGCUUGUCAAUAGGGGAUGUAAGGAAAGGAUUGAGGGAGUUGGUAAGGAGGAAUACGGUAUCUGCUGCAGAGGUAAGACGGAAUGAUAGAGUGGAAGAUCCAAAGAAUGAGCUGAAAGAUACGAAAGAUGAUCCUGAUCCUGGUCCACAUGUUAUUGAUGGUAUCACGAAACAUAGUAUAUCUCGAUAUAUGCCUAGAAGAUAUUACGUUUUGACGAAUGCUGGUAAACCUGUGUUUAGCUCCCAUCACAACUCACCUCAAGAUAAUAUAACGGAACUGAUGGCAAUCGCUUCGACCCUUAUAUCGAUCUUUCAAGAAGACGAUGAUAAGAUACGGUGUAUAAUCAAAGGUCAGACCCGAAUAGGAUUUCUGCUCAAACCGCCUUUAUACCUCUUCGCAGUCAGUGAUUGGGGUGAACCCGAACAUGUUCUCCGCUCUCAUCUCGAAUACAUCCACCUGCAUAUCUUAUCUGUAGUGUCUUCCACUCAGCUAUCAAGGGUUUUUCAGCGGAGAAGCAACUUUGAUCUAUCGCGGUUGUUAGAAGGCACAGAAACAUUCUUGAACAAACUCACAGAUAGAUCUCAAUUCGAUUUCAGCUAUCUCACUUCGACUUUACAACCACUCAGGAUGAACCCUGCUUCAAGGGAUAUGGCUGGUGCCGCUCUGAUGCCCCCAAGUAAAUUCAAUGAUCUGCUGUAUGUACUGCUUAUUGCGGAUGGACGGAUAGUCACACUUCUUAGACCAAGGAAACAUGCUGUACAUCCUUCUGACCUCCAUCUACUGCUCAACACCCUUGCUUCUUCCUCGACAUUGCGGUCUUCCGAAACAUGGCUGCCUAUCUGUUUCCCGAAAUUCAAUCCAGCUGGUUUUGUACAUGCAUACAUAAGCUAUGUGACUGAGGAUGUGGGAUUGGUAUUUGUUAGUGCGGAUAGAGAAGCUUUCGAAGAUCUUAGAGGUUGGAAAAGUAUUGUCAUGGAAAAAUUGGAUCAUGACAAGACUUUGACGAAAAUCACUGAAUCUAUUCCACUUCAUCCUUAUACCGUUUCUGCAAUUGGAUGUCCAGGUCUUCGUCACUUCAUCUACAAAUCUCGAACGUACAUCCAAAUUACUCAACCUGAAUGGGAAGCCCCCUAUACUGAAGAUAGCAUAGAUAGGAAACGUUUGAUCACGCUGUAUCAGAAACUACACGAUAUCGUCCAUGGUCGAUCUGGACAGACCCAGACAUAUAAAUUGGUAUACAUACGUACAGAGCAUGAAGCGUGUUUAGCUUGGUUAACGAAACCAUUCGAGUUGUAUUUGACUGUAUCACCCCAAUUGUCGAAAUCUGCUGUUGUAGCUGCUGCCAAUACGGUCGCAAAGUGGGUUUUGGCCGAAGAAGGACGAGUGUUUUUGAAGGAUGCACCGGUGUUCUAG